AUGUCCCUUGCAAGUUGAGUUGAACAAGCCCGCCAAAAUGCUCGCAAGCCGGGGAAGUCUGUUUUCCCUCUCUUAUUCAAACUCUCUGGGGUCUUUUAUCAAACACUUUCAGACAUCAAAACUAACACCUUUCAAACUCAAAACAUUUUACAGAAGACAUACAACAACCUCUGCACUUCUUAAGACAUCACAUUUUGAAACCCUGUCUCCACGUCAGAAAGAACAGAUUCAUGUCUACGUGGAUGCUCUUCUUCUUUGGAACCAGAAGAUGAAUCUUACUGCGGUAAGGGAGGAAAGUGAGGUUAUGGAAAGGCACAUUGAGGAUUCACUUGCGAUGAUUCCUCCAAUUCGAAGUUCGUAUCUAUUGAAAUGUGGAGCUUCUUGUGAAGAAAUUAGUCUUGUUGAUGUAGGUAGUGGUGCUGGGCUUCCUGGUUUGGUUCUCGCCAUUGCGUGCCCAGGCUGGAAUGUGAAGCUUCUGGAGUCUAUGAACAAGCGGUGUAACUUCUUGGAGCAUGCAAUUGAGCUGACUGGUUUGUCAAAUGUGCAAGUUGUGCGAGGAAGGGCUGAGGAUUUAGGUCAAAAUCCUGAUUUCAGAGAGGCAUUUGAUGUGGCAGUGGCAAGAGCUGUUGCAGAAAUGAGAGUGUUAGCUGAAUACUGUCUUCCUCUGGUUCGUGUGGGUGGUUUGUUUGUUGCUGCAAAAGGUCAUGAUCCUCAGGAUGAGGUUCAGAGAGCUCACAGAGCAAUCUAUCUUAUGGGUGCUUCUUUGCUCCAGACGUUAUCUGUGGAAUCACACAGCCCACAUGGACAAAGAACUGCAAUCAUAUGUUUAAAAGAUUACUCCACCCCAAGGAAAUAUCCUCGUGAUCCGGGUACACCGGCAAAGUUGCCAUUGUAAAUAAUUAAAAUGACAAAUAGCUUUCUGACAUUCGCUUCAGUAAAUUUUUAUGUACAUUUACUUUAUAAUAUAAAUAACUUAAUUAAAACCAAUGUAUAAACCUGGAGAAAGGAUGUAUAUUGACAGGGAUUCUUAUAUGUUUUGUUGGCACCAUCCUUUUCUUGAAUACAUCUUUCCAUUUCUGA